UGCUAGUAUUAUAGCACAACAAAUUUUUAUUUUUUAAGAAUUUUUUUAAUGUAAAAAUAAACUCAGAAAUACAAUCAUUAAGAAUUUUCUGUAUAUUCCAAAAAUAAAUCCAUAAGCCUCUUACCUUUUUCGGUAAUGUCAAAUUUUAGAUCAUUGAUUCCCCACAGAAAAAAAUUUUAGAUUUUCUGUAAGUAUCAGUAUGCCACCAAAUUGUAGAUUGUUGAAAUUUGAAGCCAAUAAUAAGCCUCAAUUAAGGUUUUUUGUUUUUCAAUGAAUAUAUAUAUAUAUAACCCCCCAUGAAUAGCCACUGGACAUUAAGCCUUGAAUCCAAAAAAAAGAGGAGAAAUAUAUAAGAAGCCAGAUUUAGAGGUAUAACAGUUAAUACAGAAGUGGCUCUCCAGAAUUCCCUCUCUCAGUAUCUCUAAAUUCACCAUUUAUAUUUCCACCACAAACUCUUUCUUAAAUAUUUGUCUCCUCAGCAGGGCCAAGAUAGGGACAUUUGCUGCGGGUUCAAGCCAUUGGCUCGCAACUUCUAUCUUCGUCCUCUCUGUUUCAACUCUGCAAAAGGAGGCUUUAGCCUCCAAACGUGCCUUGGCUUCACCAGCAGGUUGAAACCAAGAAAAGAAAAGCAGAAAAAAAAAAAAAAGUGAAAAAGGUUCAGCAGUAAUACACCCAAUAGACAUGGGAAUAGAAAAAUUCAAGUUUCUGUUCUUCUUCUUCGCUGCUUUUGCAGUAAUCGUUCAUGCCAAUCUCCCCGAAUUCGACGAAUACUGGAAGCAGCGAGCGGAUGAAGCUAAAGAAAACACCCUUCAGACUUAUCGUCCUGACCCCUUCAAUGUCACCAACCAAAUUAACUACCAAGUUAACCAGGCCACUAUGAAUCACAAUGGCACUAGAAGGAACCUGUUAAGUAAAAAACAUGGCGGUCCAUGCAAGGCCACUAACCCUAUCGACAGAUGCUGGCGGUGUAACCCGAAAUGGGCUGACGACCGAAAGAGGCUAGCCGAAUGCGUCCUUGGCUUUGGCCACAAAACCACCGGUGGAAAGGACGGCAAGUUUUACGUAGUCACUGAUCCCACAGACAAUGACAUGGUUAAUCCUAAACCUGGAACUCUUCGCCAUGCAGUGAUCCAAAAGGGACCUCUUUGGAUCACUUUUGCGAAAAGUAUGGUUAUCAGGCUCAACCAAGAGCUCAUGAUAACCAGCGAUAAAACCAUUGAUGCUAGAGGAGCCCAAGUCCACAUUGCUGGUGGUGCUGGUCUUACUCUUCAGUUCGUCAAGAAUGUCAUCAUCCAUGGAAUCCGUAUUCAUGACAUUGUUGUCGGCACCGGAGGAAUGAUCAGGGAUUCCGUUGAUCACUAUGGAUUCAGGACAAAGAGCGACGGUGAUGGGAUUUCCAUCUUCGGUUCCACCAACAUUUGGAUUGAUCAUGUUUCCAUGUCCAAUUGCCAGGAUGGGCUGAUUGAUGCUAUAAUGGGGUCAAAUGGCAUUACCAUCUCCAAUUGCCAUUUCACCGACCACAAUGAGGUGAUGUUAUUCGGUGCAAGCGAUGGCUACUCCGGUGAUAAUCUAAUGCAAAUCACGGUGGCGUUCAACCACUUCGGUAAAGGAUUGGUGCAGAGGAUGCCUAGGUGCAGAUGGGGUUUUGUCCAUGUCGUCAAUAAUGACUACACUCAUUGGCUCAUGUACGCCAUUGGUGGUAGCAAGAAUCCUACCAUCAUCAGCCAAGGAAACCGAUUCAUUGCCCAAGAUAACAAAUCAUCUAAAGAGGUUACAAAGAGGGAAUACGCAAUGGAAAGCGAGUGGAAGAAUUGGAAUUGGAGAUCAGAGGGAGAUUUAAUGAUGAAUGGAGCAUUUUUCGUUGAAUCUGGGAAAUCAUUGGGUCACCAGCAAUUCACAAGGCUGCAAAUGAUUCAGGCCAAACCAGGAACAUUCGUGACCAGGCUCACACGCUAUUCUGGUCCACUUGCCUGCCAUGAAGGAAAGCCAUGUUAGAGUUUUCAUGGGUUCCAUUUUAUAGAUUAACCGAAAAAAAAAAAUCAAUUGGAUUUCCUUGUUUUAGAACUCAGGAUAGAUUACUGUUAAUCCAAACCAGAAAAUUAAGCAAAUGUUAAGGUAUACACUUACACCUGAAGAAGCAAGCAAAAAAUCUGGACUGCUAUUAUUCUUAUAGCAGCAUUUGAUGCAUUUGGUUUAGCUAUUUGGAACAGUGAUUAUUAGCUGUUCCAUUUUUAUGGCUGUUCAGCCUGUAGUAGUUUUGGGAUUUUUUUUAUUUGUAUUUUUUUUAAAUCUAGGAUUUAUUUAUUUUUUUUUUAUAUAUUUUUUGAUGUUUGGAUUUUGUCAUGCUUGUUGAAGUUUAUGAAUAAAAACAAAAAUUAAA